ACAAUCAGCAUCAUUGUUUCGUCAAAUCUGCAAUCCGUAAAUCAUAGUGACAUUGGGCCCAGUGUUUAAAGCGUGCUAAGGACUGAAGAUGAGAAUUCAAGCAGGCUGGGUUAUCUGAAGUUCUGGUUUUCAACAAAGGAAUGAAAUAUAUUAUUUCCCCAUUUGUCUUGGAUUUUUUUUUUUUAGUUUUGUGAACAGCAUGGGGACAGGCAUUUUUGCUUACUAUGGGGUCAUCUAAAAAUACAGGAUUUUGCUAAGAUCUAAAAAUACAAGAGCCUACUCAAUGAGGACCAAAACUGUCAACAGCAUCCGUGGCGAAACAAGGAAAGAGAAAUUAAGGAAAGGUUCAGAUGCUGAGCAGGAUGCUGCUGUCAAACUUGCCCAAGAAAGAGCAGAAAUCGUUGCCAAGUAUGACAGAGGACGGGAAGGCGUGCAGAUUGAGCCUUGGGAAGAUGCAGACUACCUCCUUUACAAAGUCACAGAUCGAUUUGGUUUCUUGCACCAAGAGGAAUUGCCUGUCCAUGAUGCAGCAUCAGAGAAGCAAAAGCAGCUUGAAAUUGAAAGAACUUCAAAAUGGCUGAAGAUGUUGAAGAGCUGGGAGAAAUAUAAGAACACUGAAAAGUUCCAUAGGAGAAUUUAUAAAGGGAUUCCAUUACAGUUGAGAGGUGAAAUCUGGUCUUUGUUGCUCGAUGUCCCCAAGAUGAAAGAAGAAAUGAAAGACUACUAUAAUACCUUAAAAACCCAAGCAAGAGGGAGCUCUCCAGACAUCAGACAGAUUGAUCUUGAUGUGAAUCGGACGUAUCGGGAUCAUAUCAUGUUCAGAGACAGAUACGGAGUUAAGCAGCAAUCUCUAUUCCAUGUUUUAGCUGCAUAUUCUGUGUAUAAUACGGAGGUUGGCUAUUGUCAGGGAAUGAGCCACAUCACUGCUUUGCUCCUUAUGUAUAUGAAUGAAGAAGAUGCCUUCUGGGCCCUGGUGAAACUGCUGUCAGGACCCAAGCAUGCUAUGCAUGGUUUUUUUAUUCCUGGUUUUCCCAAGCUGUUGAGGUUUCAAGAGCAUCAUGAAAAAAUAAUGAAGAAAUUUUUGUCUAAACUUAAACAGCAUUUUGACUCCCAGGAGAUCCACACUAGCUUUUACACAAUGAAGUGGUUUUUCCAGUGCUUUCUUGACCGUACUCCCUUUAGGUUAACCCUCAGGAUCUGGGAUAUCUACAUACUUGAAGGAGAACGGGUUCUCACUGCGAUGUCUUACACCAUUCUGAAAAUGCACAGAAAACACCUGAUGAAAUUGCAAAUGGAAGAACUUGUAGAAUUUCUUCAGGAGACUCUUGCCAAAGAUUUCUUCUUUGAAGAUGACUUCGUAAUAGAUCAGCUCCAUAGCUCCAUGGCAGAGCUGAAACGAGCAAAGCUGGACAUCCCGGUAGCAGGUAAAGAGGAUGAACUUCCAAAGAAGUUUGAGAAAAUCGAGCCUGAAACUCAGACUGCCAUGUUGAAUCUUACUCAUCUGGUCAAUGGGCAGAGUAGCACGAACAAUGCUCGAGCCAGCCAGAGAACAGGACACAAAGUGCCUGCAGAAAGAGUAGAAGAAAACUCACCAAGAACACCUGUGGAGAGAGAGCAAGGAAGCUCACCAAACCACCGUAGAAGAAGAAAUUCUCUGGAGAAGAGGCCUUCCUUGAGGCAGCAAAAGCCUGCAACACCAAAUGUACGGAGUGGAUUGCCAAAGCAGGACCCUGAGAGCAACAAGAAAAAGCCUGAGGUUCAAGCGGAGUCUGACUCCCAGCAGAAUCAUAGUGCAGCUGCUAACCAAAAUUCCAAUGCUAUUUUAAAUACAGGAAAGGAAUUUGUUCCCAGGUGGAUCAAACCUUCAGAUAUGAAAAUUAUUGAAAAAACUACGAAAAUCACCAUGGAGCUCAAGGGUCGAUCUGUGAAUCCUGCUCGUUCAGGAACACCCCCUAGUCCUAAUGGUGAGGCACAGUCCUUCAAUGUAAAGCAAAAGAUGAGGGUCUUGGAUGUCGAUGAAGGUAAGCGAGGGUCAAAUGCAUCACAGUAUGACAAUGUUCCUGGGGCAGACCUAGAGAGUGAGAACUUGGUGGAUGAGGCACUUGAAAGAGCAAUCCUGCAAAGUCCAAGAAACCCAGCUUACUCUAGCAGUUCAGCAAAGCCGGCAGAAAAAACUUCUAGUCCACCAAAAAUUUCCAACAGUUAUGCCUUCAACUCACAACCAAGAGUCCCCAGAUAUUCCUCCCAGUCUGAUGGGACAGACUUUGGACAUAGUAUCAAACCACCUCCACCGUCUUACAGCAAUCCACCUGUUUACCAUGGAAGCUCUCCAAAGCACGUUACAAGCAUAGUUCAUUCCAGUUUCACAGCCACACAGUACAAUCUUGGAAAUCGAAACAACUCUCCCAACCGAUCGUACAUCUCUGAUUUUCCAGCAGAGAUGUUGCCUAAUAAAUCACAUAGAAAUUAUUUUGUCGGCCACCAAAACGUUGUUGUGAAACCCUCUAGUCGGAUAGAGGUUCUCCCCAGUGACACUUCUCCAAACAGCCCUAAAUCAUCUGCAGACAUCAGAUUUGUACUUCCUCCAGCAGAUUAUUUACCAGAUAAUAGAAAGUGGCAAGAUCCUGCUUAUAUGUAUAGACAGGAUGCUUAUGGGCACCCGUGGAACCAAAAUGGCAGCCAAAACCAUUUGGGCCACCUAAAUAAAUACCCACUGUUUCAGUCAAUGCCUGUUAAAGACCAUAACACCCCCACCAUUUCUGUGGAUAGACCUAUGAAAUACAGGACUCCCCCAACCCCAGAAGAAUUUAGCUCACCACUCUACCAAUAUCCAAGGUCCUCAGGCCCCACACACCACUACAGGCACCAAACAGAUGGAUUGUCCAUGCAUGAAUCAGUCCUGCUGUGAGGAGCAACGUGUACUCACCUGAAAGACCAGGAGAAGAAUAUGCAACGUUCACAAGUUUUGAGGUGGUUGUGGCUAGCCCUUGAGUAUUAGUACUCCUUGAUGUGGGACAAUUCAGAUAACACUAUGUUGUAGCUGUGCUUAAAUGUUGACAAAAGCUCAAACCAAGCAUUGAAACCUACAAAAAGAUUUGAUUCUCAUAAACGUAGCAAUAGCGUUAUAUGGUCCUUGUAACUACUGUGGCAGUUGUUUGUUACAUUUAAGUAGCUUACCAGGAAAAUGACCUGGUCUAAUGCUGAAGGUCUCAUGCCUUUGUAAGCUGCUUGUUGACACUACAAUCCAUUGUGUGUUCCCUUGAGGCAAGAGAAUUAUAGGGUGCAAAAUGGAUGCAUAUAUAUUCUUGUAGGGUGUUCACAAAGUUCUACAGUUAAUUUUAAUUUUAUUUUAACAUAAUUUAUAAACCAUCAAUUCAUUUAAGAUGGGUUUUUUCCUGACAUUUUUUUAUAUCCACAGCCUCAGUUACCUAGGAACAAGAAUUUCCAGUUAUCUGAUGCAAUCUUCAUACAAGGAUACUAUUAGGAUGGGGCUGGUUUCGCACCCAAAGCGAAAACGCGGUCAUGCAGCCAGUAAAUGGUGCUUUUGAAAAUCAGGACUGUCUGUGCAUUGUAGCAUGGAUCUAGGGCGUCAGUAACAUUUGAGCCCUCAUCCACAUUCACGUAUUCAAAGGCAGUUCUGAAGUGUGAUAGUCUUUGUUCUAAAGUCUCAUAUGUGCAUUGAUGGGAUGAGGUUAGAGGUGUAGUUAAAGACAGCAUGGGCAUUUUUUACCACUUAACAAUGUUAAUGUAGCUUUCCAUUAGCAAUUUUUGAA